ACCGUGUUUAUGUGGAGUUCAGUCGCGAGCUUUGACGCGUGGGCGAGUUACGUGGGGCAAUAUCAUGUGACACAGCCUAGAUCUUUCGGAUUUGGGGAACCUGGUUAGGUAUACGACACCGCUCCAGACAGGCCAUGAUCGCAUCACAGCUCAUCUCGGUAUCUUUUGAUAAGGAACACCCUCGAAUACGCGCUUCUAUCGCAUUUUCGUUUCCGGCUGCUUCGAUUACUUUAUUCUACCCUAAUUGUUACUCAACAUGAUUUAUACUUAGAAGAUUAAACUACAAUAGUUUACAGUGGCACCUCUGUCGUUCCUCAGUGUUCGCCCACCACCGCCAUCGCUGAAUUCGAACUGGAAAUGAUCCUAGAACUGCUCGAAGGUUUCCGAUUGUGACUGCAAACGCAGCUUGGAUCGGAGCAAGAGCGAUAUUCGACCUGAUCCAUUCUGGUUUCAAAUCAACACAGAUCUAAUGGGAUGAACCAAGCCUCUAUAUCUCCUGACAGUCUUUCACAGACAACUCAAUAAACGAUGGAAACCUCCUCAUCCCAGCCGAUACUGGCACAGAUCCUCCAUCCUGGCUCACCUACAGAGCAUGUCACUGCUUUAAGGACCUUAAAGAAUGAUAUUAUUGGCCACCAACAGAGGAAGGAGGCUUGGGUAGGCCUCGGAAUUUUGGAUUCAAUAGUGCAAGCCUCGGCUUCCACAGAAAGCAGACAGGACAGCAAGUUGGGUCAGGAACCAGCGCGGGAUACCGAAUCAUUGAGCGAAGAGGAGACUCUGAGACUACAGGCUCUUUCCAUCCUUGGGAGCUUGGCAUAUGGUGGACCACCAUUCAUAGAACCAUUGCACUGUGCAUCCGCUCUGCCUGCCAUACUGUCGAACCUUUGUCCGUCUACAAACCCGCCGCAAUUGGUUGCGACGGCGCUGCAGGCUCUGUCUAACUUGACAGAGUCAACUUGCUUAUCACUGGCAUCAAGUUCCUUCAGCAUUACCUCGCUUGCCGAUGCUGUUUUAUCUACCCCUCAUGUUGGCUCUAUGUACAAAAUCUUCAGCCAAUCGUCGACAUUACCUCAUACACGCAGCCAAGUAUGUCUUGCGGCAUCUUUGAUAAGUAAACUUUGUCAAAACGAACGCCAUCAGUCAAUCCUUGUUAAUGCUGGGGUAUUAGAUGCUCUUGCCACUAGACUGGCUGGAAUUAUAGCCCUUCAGGGACUGGUUAUUCCCGGGGCUGAUGCGACGGUAGAGAAAGAGGGCCUCUUAAACAAGUUCCCCUACGCAGAAGGUUCUGAGGGUGCCGACCUUGCGAUCAUUCUGGAAUGCAUCGGUAUUAUUGUAGCUGAUUCGAAGCUACUAGCUUGCCAGCUUAUUUAUUCCAGUGCUAUACUUGCUGUGUUCCCCCUUUUCCCAAUAACUGAUUUUGCUCCAAACCGAUCAACCAAAGCAGCAUGGGCUGCCUUCAAUGCCUCUGACCCAUCAGGCAGACAGUUACAAAUGAAUGCCGUCGAUUAUCUGAUCCCCAACGUUUCUACGAGCUACACAAACAGUGUUUCUGGCAUCGGUUCUGCAUUUCCUCCCUUGGGAACACAAGGGCCGUCUGAUUCCAUCAUGCAAGACAGCGGUUCCAAGACAGCCGCGUGGCCUCACCGCAACCCCGCGAGCACCGAACUACCACCUGGUAGUAGCGGGGUAGGCGACGCCGAAGAGCCUGAAAGCCCAUUGGUACCAUAUUUGAUAUGGCUUAUGAGGUCUAGCACUGACAUUGGUCGGCUAAUGGCAGCAUACCUCCUGGCAGGGCUAUACAGGGCAGGGGUUACAGCCAAAUCCAGAGAGAUAUCAAUCGGACUGUUGGUCAUCCCGAUAUUGGUUGGUUUACUUGAACGCACAGCGGAACACUCCACAACCAACGAUGCACGACAGACUGCCAAACUGUGGCUGCUCAUGGAACGCACGCCUGCAGUAAUUGCGAAGCUGAUUAUCGACAGCGAAUACCUACAAAAAUCAGCGUAUGACGCUGGAAUUAUUACCAAGCUUGCAAGGAUGAUGAAAUCUUCAUAUGACCGGGUGCCAACCAACCAUGAAGCCCGUACAUGGUCAUCAGGCGGCUCUUCUUCUGAGGUCGAUAAGGAUAGUGUGCAUACGUCAAGGUCAUCAAAACUUGGAGACAGUGGGUUUUCCGCCCUUCUUGUUCACAAGAUCAGGGUCCGCGAAAGCGUGCUGAGAGCAAUUGCGGCUCUUGUUCCCUUCAAGGAUGAAUACCGAAAAUCCAUUGUGGAUCAAGGCACCAUGCCAUUUAUCGUCGAGUCACUAAAACCACACCGUGAGAAACCGUCACACAAAGUAGAAACAACCCCGAAAACAAGCGCAGGCGAAGCAUCUAGCCUUAACUCUGGGUUUGGGAUAAACCCAACUUCUGUCCUCAUCGCGGCUUGUGGCGCUGUUCGCCAUCUGUCGCGCUCAGUUAGCAUAUUGAGGACGACCCUAGUGGAUAAUGGGGUCGUCAUGCCGAUUUUUAAUCUUCUGAGCCAUUCGGAUAUCGAAGUUCAGAUAGCGGCAACUGCGACGGUGUGUAAUAUUGUCACUGAGUUCAGUCCGAUGCGUGAAACAAUUUCGGCCGCCGGCGUUUUGAAAAUCCUUUGCCAGCACGCGCACUCGGCCAACGUAAAUCUUCGUCUUAAUGCGCUUUGGGCGUUGAAGCAUUUGGUGCAGUCCGCUGGAAAUGAUAUCAAAAUGGCGUGUGUCGAAGAACUUGGACAGGGUUGGCUCGUACAACUCAUCUGUGAAGAUACAGAGGAUGAUGCCGCUUAUACGUUGUCCACGACGAGAUCGACAGCUGUGGACCAGGACAAUGAUGUCCAUAUGAACUACUCAUACGACGAAGACUAUAAGCAAAAAAUGGCAGAUACUGCAACCGGUGUGAGCUCCGCAAACAAAAGCCCAGGCUUUAGCCAAAAGUUCCCAGAGUCCGAAAGGGCCAGAUCAAUUUCAGGUUCGACGAGUCAACUUGUGAAUUCCCGUUUUGCAGCUCUUCAACAAGGAGAGCUUAGCCCGGGAAAAAAGGCACGCGAAAACGAUACCGCAGUGCAAGAGCAAGGUCUUGACCUGAUUCGAAACCUCAUUGGCGCCUACAAUAGUACUGGACCGGCUGAGAACUCCGAUAUGAUUGACUUCCUCUUCCAUUCGUUUGGCCAGGACCAAAUAUUUGAAAUUUUGGCAUCUAAGUUGAGGCCGAAAGUUAUAAAUCCAUUCAGCAAACGUGGUUUAGAUAACGGAACUGGCAAUGGCGAGACAAGAAUUGUGCCUCCUCAGCCAGAAAUUAUCACGUCUGUCGAAUACAUACUAGCUAACGUAGCUGCAAGUGUUCCUCGGCACCGACAGCAGGUUGUGGCCCAGACAGAACUGCUAAAGCUUGUAUUGGAACAAUCCAGCCAUCCAGACAAGGAGGUUCGGCUGGCUCUUUGCUGGCUUGUCAUCAACCUGACGUGGGUUGAAGAUGACCAAGACACUGUGACUCGCACUCAACGGGUCCGAGAGUUGACAAAGUUGGGGUUUCUUGCGAAAAUGGAAGUUCUUGAGCGAGACUGCGAUUUAGAUGUUCGCGACAGAGCAAAGACCGCCCUUUGGCAAAUGAAGCAGACUGUUCCAGCUUCAUCACGAUAAGCCCAUAAACAGCAGCGCCUCAGCUUAGUUUGUAUAUGUUCCGGCCCAACCGUGAACUGAGCUGGUUCAUGAACUGGCCGGCACAACCAGAAGUAGGAGUAAUCAAUUGAUCUAUAUAGCUACGUUUCCUGCUGUAACGUAGAUCGUGGUCCGGCUACAUGGCCAGACCGGCUAUUUCAAUUUUACAGGUAAAUUCACAAGCAAAUUCACAUCACGUGAUAUAUAAUUCAAACUUGUAAUAAUUACUUUAAUUAACUUGCUAGAGCUUACUG